AUGGCUCUUCCCCUCACCCAGGUAGUUUUACCUCCUAGUCCUCAGAAUGUCCUCCGCCCUGCAAAUCCAAAUAACCCACCUACACCGACCGAUAUCAUGAACGGCGCGAAGUAUAAGAAGCAACUGUGUGACGAGCUUGCCUCCAAAAACCCCAAUGUCACCUCGCUGCACUAUGCAGAUGCUACACGCUAUGAACACAAAUUAGUUGCAGCGUUUGACUUGUCACAACUUCCGCCUCUGGAUGGUGCUGGUGCCCCUCCUGCUCCUGCUCCUGCUGCUCCCCUAGUCGCUGGAAUUGCAGAGCUGCUCGCUGGACAACAGAAUGGACAGCAAAACAUCCUCAACAUCCUCAACAUUCUAGAAGGGAUGCAGACACAGAUCGCGCAAAUCGAUAGGCGUUCCGCUUUUGCUGUCAACCAAACCCGAGGUAAUGGUGUUGGGAGACCGUAUGACGAAGUUCGUUUCUUGGAUAAUUCGCUCCCUUCACAAGCUGCUCCAGGCCGUGCUCCACUUCCAGUACUCAGUACCAUGCUUGACAUUCGUGCACUCAGCGGUCCAGAAACUACUACUUAUCUCCGUAAUCAUGGAAUCCUGCCUGCCAAUAUUCCUCAUCUUACUGCAGACCGCCGUGAACAGCUCGCUGAAAUGAUUGGAUGUAUUGGAUACCAUGAACUGUAG